AUGCCUUUCGCGCGGUUUGUAGAACCAGGGCGUGUUGCCCUGGUAGCUGACGGUCCCCUGAAGGGAAAGUUAGUAAGCGUGGUCGAUGUUAUUGACCAGACCCGUGCUCUCGUCGACGGGCCUUGCAGCGGCGUCUCACGUCAACAGAUCCGCCUUAACCAGCUGCAUCUCACCAAGUUCCGUCUGAACUACCCAUUCACAGCGCCCACUCGCAUCGUAAGGAAAGCAUGGACGGAUGCUAAACUCAGCGAAAAGUGGACAGAAAGUCAGUGGGCCACAAAACUCGCUAACAAAGAGAAACGUGCACAGAUGACAGACUUCGACCGUUUCAAGCUGACGUCCGCGCGUGUGAAGAGGAAUCGCGCUAGGACGGCAGUGUUCAAGAGCUUGAAGGUGAAGGCCGCGCGUGCCGGUACCUUCGGCAAGAAGUUGGUGCCCAAGGCAGCCGCCAGGAAGGUCCGCACCAAGAAGCCCAGCGGCAAGAAACCGGCGAAGAAGUAA